AUGUCGAGUAGUGAGUGUACUCGUUCUUGCCACCUUUUGAAAUUUUCAUUGGCAAAGACUUCAACUCUGGAGAUAUCCGGAAAAGGCUUGGCGAAUGGUAGUGCAACUGCAACGGCCGCGGAUGAAGGUUGUGGGGUGUUAACACUAGUGGCUGCUCCACAUGUUUCUGACGCUGCAGCACUUCUUAAAGGUGCACAUCCGAAAUGGAGUCCUGCAGCCAUUCGAUCUGCAAUGAUUACCACAGCCGACGUCCUUGACAAAACUCAAAAUCCCAUCAAGGACAUGGACUGCAGUCUUGAUUUUGCUUCAUCUCUAGCCAUGGGAGCUGGACAAGUGAAUCCAAAUAAGGCAUUGGACCCUGGUCUUACAUAUGAUGCUACCCCAUAA